AGAUCUAGCAACAUACACAGACACUAAUUGACUCUCAUCAUUGCAGUACUAUUUCCUCUCCUGAAAAAAUAUCUCAAAAUCUUCCAUGCUCGGUGUAACUAACUUACCAUCAAAAACUCGAAAAAAUUUCCGAGUUUGUCGAAACAGUAACGUACUUCACUGAGUAAGAGAAAGAGUUUCUAAGAAGAAAUGAGGAUUGAUUCUUCUUUCAAUUUCAACCACAAAAAUUACCUUAUCAAGUUACUUCUCACUGUUUUCUUCUCAGUCCUCGCUUUUCGUCUUCUCUUCUUUCACUCUCUUCCCCCUCCCAUUUCACCUCUCAUCGAUGAACCUCUCAUUUCAGCUCCUUCUGAGAUUUCACAACAAGUUUUCCAAAAUGAACAAGAUAAAGUUUCUCCCACCGACACUGGAAAAUGUGAUUAUUUUGAUGGUGAUUGGGUACGGAAUCCGUUGGGUCCAAUGUAUACAAAUGAAACUUGUGACCUAAUUGAAUCGCAUCAAAAUUGCAUGAAUAAUGGGAGACCUGAUAGGGAAUUUUUGUAUUGGAAAUGGGCUCCUAGGGAUUGUGAGUUACCUAUAUUUGAUCCUCAGAGGUUUCUUGAUAUGAUGCGCGGGAAAGUUUGGGCUCUUAUUGGUGAUUCGAUCUCUCGUAACCAUGUUCAGUCUUUGCUCUGCAUGCUUUCUAAGGUAGAAAAAGCUGUCCUUGUUUACCAUGAUGAGGAGUACAAGUCCAAAAUCUGGAACUUUCCGUCGUACAACUUAACUAUGUCAGUUAUUUGGUCACCAUUUCUUGCGGAAGCUGCUAUUUUUGAAGACAUAAAUGGUGUUUCUAGUUCUGAUGUUCAGCUACAUGUAGACAAACUGGAUAGUAAAUGGACAGAUCAGUAUCUAAACUUUGAUUACAUUAUUAUUUCAACUGGAAAAUGGUUUGUCAAAUCUGCAAUCUACUAUGAGAACAACACUAUAUUGGGCUGCCAUUGGUGUACUAUUAACAAGAACUAUACAGAGAUAGGGUUUGGCGUCGCCUAUCGCAAAGUCUUAACAAAUGUCUUGGAUUUCAUAUCGUCUUCCGAUCACAAGGGCCAGAUUUUGUUCAGGACAUCCACGCCCGACCAUUUUGAAAACGGAGAGUGGUUUAGCGGAGGAACGUGCAACAGAACCGAGCCAAUUAAAGAAGGUCAAAUGGAGAUUAAGAAUUUGCUCAAGAUUCUUCGUGACGUUGAGUUAGACGAGUUUGAAAAGGCAGCUUCCAAAGCUUCGAAAAACGGAGUUAAUUUAAAGCUUCUUGAUUUAACGCCGCUUUCGCUUUUGAGACCGGACGGACAUCCGGGUCCAUACAGGCAGUUUCAGCCCUUUGCCAAGGACAAAAAUGCUAAAGUUCAGACUGAUUGUUUGCAUUGGUGCUUACCUGGGCCAAUAGAUUCUUGGAAUGAUAUAAUAAUGGAAAUGGUUGUCAGUGGAUGACAAAACAUGUCAAAUGGUUGUUAUAGGCUCUACCUUACCUCAUGCCAGUUAUGCAUGUGGGUGAUUCAUUCAGUGAAAUGUUUCUCUCUGGAUACUAUGAUUCUUGAUAAUGAUAAUACAGAUGUAAGAUGGAAUGCUGUAGAAAUUAUUAAUUAUAGUUUUACAGUUCAUCAGA